AAAACAAUCUAUGGAUUCCACACUUGUAUUCAUUGUGCUGCAUUGAAUAAACGAUGCCUAAAAAUACAAUGUAAACAGUUUAUAUGUUCAUUGCAAUCCUAAGCUGAACGUGUGUAGUAACUAGAUUCUGUACGAUGAUAGGUACAAUACUGCACUUGUUGACUUGUUACAGUACAUACAAAAACAUAACCUAUAUUUGUCUAACCGGCGGGCCGGUGCUACAAGCUGAGAGUAUUAAAGUAUUUUUAUAAUAGUAUUUAAUCAGAAAUGGCGCAGAACAUCGCUCAUAAUUUAUCCGCCAAAGAGCGCACGAGUGACAUAGAAAUUCAAGAAGAUGUGACAUUUUCUCAAAUGGGUUUGUCACAGCAAGUUUUGAAUGGUCUUUUGAAUUGUGGGUUUCACAAACCAUCACCUAUUCAACAUAAAUCUAUUCCAUUAGGGCGAUGUGGUUUUGAUUUGAUAGUGCGAGCCAAAUCAGGAACUGGUAAAACGGCUGUUUUUGGUAUAAUUGCUCUAGAAAUGAUAGAUAUUAAAAUAAGUUCUGUUCAGGUAAUAAUCCUAGCACCGACCAGAGAAAUAGCGAUACAAAUAAAGGAAGUUAUAGCAUCACUUGGCUGUGAAAUAAAAGGUUUAAAAGUAGAAUCAUUUAUUGGAGGUGUUGCAAUGGACAUUGAUAGAAAAAAACUAUCAAACUGUCAUAUAGCCAUUGGUGCUCCUGGCAGAGUAAAACACUUAAUAGAUAAAGGAUAUUUAAAAAUGGAUCAUGUUCGCCUUUUUGUACUGGAUGAAGCAGAUAAACUAAUGGAAGAAAGUUUUCAAAAAGACAUCAAUUACAUAUAUGCAAAAUUGCCGCCAAAUAGACAAGUCAUCUCAUCUAGUGCAACUUAUCCUGGAGAUUUAGAAAUUUUUUUAGAAUCGUAUAUGCAGUCUCCAAUUUUAUCUUCAGCAGACAAUGAUGGACCUAUUCUUGUGGGAUUAAGACAAUUUGCUUCUAUUGUCCCGCAACAUCUAAAUGCAAUGAGACAAGUGCAAAUCAAGGUUGAAGAAUUGAUAAAAAUAUUCAAAAAAGUUCCAUUCAAACAGUGUCUUGUAUUCACAAAUUAUCAAACUAGAGCCCAAUCUGUUUGUAAUAAAAUCACUUCAAUGGGAUUUCCAGCUAUUUUCAUUGUUGGAAAUCAAAACAUGAACAAGAGAUUAGAUGCAAUGAAAAAGUUGAAAAACUUCAAGUGUAGAAUUUUGCUGACUACAGAUUUAACAGCAAGAGGAAUAGAUGCAGAAAACGUUAAUUUGGUUAUUAAUUUAGAUAUACCAAGUGACAGUGCAACAUACCUUCAUAGAAUUGGAAGAGCUGGACGUUAUGGUUCACGUGGAAUAGCAAUUAAUAUUGUUGCAGAAAAAGAAUUAAAUAUGUUCCAAGACCUUUUGCAAUCGAUUGGAGGAAAAAAUUUUUCAAUCAUGAAACUGCCUGUAGAUUAUCCAGAAGACUUGUGGUCCACAGAUGAUGACUCAUUUGAUAGAAUUCAAGCAACGCAAUAUUCUCUGGAAAGUCAUACUGAAUUAGAAAAAAGUAUCAUGGAUUCAGUUAACGGAAUGUGCAUAAACACACCAUUAGAAAAGAGUAAUGGAGAUUUACAAUUGACUUCUGAAUCAUCGAAAAAAGAUAAAAAUAAGAAAAAAGAUAUUUGUGUGAACAAAAUUACAGAGAAUAUAGAAAAUUUAACUCUCAAACAAACAAAUCAUUCAAAUAUUUCUCUGAAACCAGAGAAAAAACGUAAAUUCAAAUCUUUGGAAAUAACUGAAUCCAGUAAUCCAUCCAAUUUAGAAAAGUUAAAUGAAAACACAUCAUUUAUUGUAGAUCUAAAUGAAAUACCGCAAAACAACUUAUCAAAAACAGAAAUUGACAGCAUAGAAGAAUUUUUAAGAAUACAAUUUAUAAAAAGUAAUGGAUCCAAAGAUAGUAACCCUGUAGCAGAAGUCGACAGUAAAAAUGCAAGUACAGGAAUGGUUCACAAUGAGAUUGAUGUACAAGAAAUGAUCGAAAAAAGUAAAUCCCAUUUUAAUAGUGAUUUGUUUGAGACAGAAGAAUUUAAGGCUCUGUUAAAAAUUAAUUCAGAUUUACGAAUGAAAUCACGUAACACGGAAAACCCAGAGGAUUACAUUUUAUUUGAAGCAUCUUGUUGGAAAAACAAACUUUCUUACGAAACGAAUUUAUUGGAACUCUUAUUACCAAAGGAUGGAGAUAUGAAAGAACUAUGUGCAACUAAUUUUUAUGCAUCCCUGUAUACCUUUUAUAAAAUUCAAAAAAAGGCUCUCAUGUGUAUAUAUCCUGAAAUUCGUAAUGAAGACGAGAUAAAAGACACUUAUUUAUAUUCUGAGAAUAACCAAAACGUAAAUCUUCUUCGAAUGUAUCAAGAAAUAGAAAAUUUCAAGAGCUCUCAUCGUUUGUUAAAUGCAACCGAAUUUACUGCUCAUUUUCCAUAUCCAAUGAGUUUAAAUAAGCCAUUGCCAAAUCUCAUGUUAACUGAAAAUGAUAUGAACGAAUACAAAGUAGCUAUAAAGUAUCUCAAAUGCAACUUCAAUAUUUACAAUGUUUGGCUUAAAUUGAGACGUUUAUUACUUUCCAUGGAUAGUGGUACUAGACAAAAAUUAAAAAAUAAAAUUACAAACGAGAAAGAGAUUAAUUUGGAAGAGAUAUUGUCAUUGAUAUCCCAUAAGUAUAAAGUAGAGAACGAGUCUUCAAUUGACAGCUCAUCCAGUGCAGACUCUGAUACUGAAUCGCUUACGGGAUCAGAAUAUUCUCAAAAUUUGUCCGCUAACGAUCUUCAAAAUAAUAAAAUGAAAACUAAAUUCAUUCCAUUAGUAACCGAAAAUGUUUCGUAUUCUCUUGACAAACAAAAUGAACGUUUUGGCUACAAUACUUCGAAAAGAAAAGAAGCUAUUGAUCCAAAAUUAGUUCACUCCACCAAGGAGAAAUUAGAAAUUUUAGAUACUAAUCACAAUAUUGGAUUAGAAGAAUUUCCUAAUACACCGACUUAUGAAAGUAUUAAUCACAGGCCUUGGAAUACAAAUACAGAUUCGAAAAAUGAGAAUUACUCUUUUCAAGAAAUGAAUCAUUUAAACAAUGAUUUCCAGAAUUAUACGAAAAUUCAUGAUGAGUCUAACGAAUUGUAUAACCAUUCUCAUGUUUGCUAUGGGAAUUUCAAUUAUUAUGAUUAUACAAACAAUGUAAACAGUGAAUUAGAAACUUUUUUUCAUAAUUUGAGGCAUCAAACAAAUCAAAUACACUUACAAGAGUAUUAUUAUCACAUGUUCCACGAUGAAUGAUUAUUUGUUAAACACUUUAUUUAUAAUUUAUUUUCUAAGUAAAAUAUAUUAAUUUUAUUA